AGCAGCUGUAUAGUCCAUCCCUGGACUCUCCAACCACUGACCCCCAUCCACUCUGACCACAACCGAGAGCCACAUCCCACUGCCUGCCCACUGUCCAUCCAUGGAGGUGAGCACUGUGUCCCCAACUCCUGCCUCACCCACUGAAGGGGAUGAUCUCUGUGAGAUAGAUUUCAGCAGUAUGGCCAUACACAGUGUGACACUGCUCAUCUGCGUCUGUGGGCUGGCUGGGAACGGGGCUGUGCUCUGGCUCCUCAGCCUGAAAAUCCGUAAUUCCGGCAUCUUUGACCUGGCUUUUGCCGACUUCCUCUUCCUUCUCUUCACGGUCCCCUCCACCUUGCUCUUCCUGAUGGAGGAUGUGUUCUGCUCUGCUAUCAUGCCCCUGGGGUACUUGAGCUUCCUUUUUCAGCUGUCAAUGGUCUCCUACUACUGGGCACUGUUCCAACUGGCAUUCCUCAACUUCAGGAAGUACAUGAUCUUCCUCUUCCAGCUCUGCUGCCACUGUGACUUUCCCGAGCGCCUGUGGUGGGUGCUGGAAAGUGUCCAAUACUGGGCCUUUUUCUCUCUCUUCAUCGUCAUUCCCGGGGUGACUUCCCUGUGCCCAUCAAAAAAGCAGGAGCAGUGCCGGGCAGUACUCAUCUCCAUUUAUGCCAUCAUCCUGCUCCUCUUUGCUGCACCCGUGGUCAUUUCCUGCACAAUCGACAUCAUCAAAGUCAAGCGUGGCUCCCAGCAGAAGCAACCUGAGACACGAGACAUCGUUAUCUUCAUCACUGUGCUCUUCACUCUCCUCCUCGGCCUCUGCAAUUUCCUGCAGCAGCUUGGUUACAUGCCUGUGCCCAUCCAGGUGGUUUUCCUGUUCACCUGCAUCCACAGCAGCAUCAAACCCUUCAUCUACUUCUUGGCAGGGAAGUGCUGGAGCUCCUGCUCCAUGGAGUCCCUCCAGCACUCCCUCCAGAGCGUCUUUGAGGAGAAGAAAGAAACAACUGCUGGCAGAAAUGAUGCUUUCAUGGACACGGGGGUCUGAGCCUGUUGAUCACUUCUACUGCUGUGCUGAAGAACCUUGAUACAGGUUUCCUUUAAGUCACCUGAUUAAUAAAUACCCACAGCAUCACCCUCCCUGUUUGUACUCCUGCAGGAGAAGGGAGCAGGGGCAUUGCCAGGGGCAAUGUGGGAGGGAUGCUUGGCCAUAGAGCACAUUGGAGCAUGGCUUUCCUCCUCCCUGCCAUGCCCACAUGGCUCCAGGCAGUGCAGCUGGGCUCAGUGCUGUUCCCCAGCUCUAUUCCCCAUGGAAUGACCCUCAUUGCCUCGGCCCCAGGGAAUGAACUCCAUCUCCUUUGGCUACCCAGAUGAGUUUCAUGGUGUUUUGAGGGAUCUCUUGCCUGCAAAGAAUGUGAUACCUUAAGGCCUGGGGACACAACCAGGACAGGGCUGUGAUUUCCCAAAUCCCUGUGGGGCUGGUGCCUGUGGAUGGCAGGACAGGGGUUGGGAUCAAACGGAGCCUCUUUCCACUUCUGUCCUGCACAUCUGGACAUCCUGCAUUCCCAGGUGAUGAAAAGGGAUACUAGGUAGGGCUGCAGAGCUUGGGAGGGACAGAAACAUUCCCUUGUACUUUUUGUGGAAUUUGUCUUAUUCAAUAAUUCUACUAUUAAAGUCUUCUGAGUAAAAUGCCGGGUAAAAGGUGACCUCCACUGAACCCCUGUGCCUGUGACCAGAAAGAGCUUUCAGCAUGGAAAUUCACAUCACCAGAUGUUUUGACCAUUUAAUUGCACAGAAAUUUGGGGUUUAUCCUGCUGUUCUGCAGAAUGAGGCCAUCCUCUGUUUCUCCAGCAUCAAAGUCUGAUGAAGCCAUUGACCACCUCCAUCCUCAAGCUGGUCACCCUCAGGAGGAGCUGAACACAGACUCAGCACAAAGCUUCAGCCAAAAUCCAUCUCUGUCAUUUUGUCAUUACCCGUUUCUCAGAUUUGUAUUUAUUUUUCUGGUUUGUUUCCAGUGUGAUAAUUCUGUCCUCAGAAUUUGUUGAUUAAACAACAUCCAGGCUUCUCUGCAGAGCUUGUCCCUGGUGAACAGUGACCAAAA